GUUCUCUCAUGGCUAACUCACUACUCCUUACUCUCUUCCUCAUCUUCUCCGUCAUCUCCGCCGUCAAUUCCAAAAUACCCUCCACUAACACCACCAUCAAUUCCACAAUAAUACCCAAAAUACCCUCCACUACCCCACAUGAACUUGACACUCUCCUUCGAGCAUUAAGAUACAACGGUUUCCCACUCUUUAGCAACGCAAUCGCCACGUCAGACAUCCAGUUCCAAAUCCUCACCAGCCACGUCACUAUAUUCGCACCAAGAGAUCAUUUCCUCUACACACUCGAUAUGGCUACAGAUGCAGAUGCUUACGUGGCAGCUUUAAAAUCACACGUCAUACCUUCACGCCACCUCACCAUUGCUGACCUCAGCAACGUUACUUCGCCAUAUCUUGAAACACUUCUUCCACAUUACAGUAUUUUGAUUGGGAAGAGUGAAAGUGAUGAGGGUUUUGUAGUUAGUGUUGAUGGGGUUAGGGUUUCGGAUCCGGAUCUUUAUGUCGGGUCAAGAUUUGUAGUGCAUGGGUUAGAUGGGAUACUAUUGACUGGGUUUAAUAUGUAUGAGGAUACAAUUGGUGAAAUGGGAAAAGGGUUUUUUGCUCAUGAGAAAGUGAAGAAUGGUGGGUUUGCAAGAGUUGUCAGGAAACAAAGGAAAUUGCAGUAUCGAAGGGUUUGGAAGAGUAAUUACAGUGUUAAGCGCAGUAAUUACGGUGGUGUUAGUGGUGAAGAUGAUUUCUAGGGGUAUUACUGUAAAUCUUGAGUUUUUUUUCUGGGGUAAAAGUUGGCUGAUUUUAGGGUCAUUACUGUAAAUCUUGGCUUUUUUCUGGGGCUAAAGUGUCUGAUUUCUAGGGUCAUUACUGUAAA